ACAGAGGCCGCGGCUGGCGUGCGUAUUUAUAGAGGCGGUGCCGGGCUGGCCGGGGCGUCGCUGUGCCCGCUGUCGCGCGUCAUGGAGCGGCCGGCGCCCUUGGCCGUGCUGCCCUUCUCCGAUCCCGCGCACGCCCUGAGCCUGCUGCGCGGCUUGAGCCAGCUGCGCGCCGAGCGCAAGUUCCUGGAUGUAACCCUGGAGGCAGCGGGCGGCCGCGACUUCCCGGCGCACCGCGCUGUGCUGGCGGCCGCUAGCCCUUACUUCCGCGCCAUGUUCGCGGGCCAGCUGCGCGAGAGCCGCGCCGAGCGCGUGCGCCUGCACGGGGUACCGCCCGACAUGCUGCAGCUGCUGCUGGACUUCAGUUACACUGGCAGAGUGGCCGUGAGCGGCGACAACGCCGAGCCGCUCCUGCGCGCCGCGGACCUGCUGCAGUUCCCCGCCGUGAAGGAGGCGUGCGGCGCCUUCCUGCAGCAGCAGCUCGACCUGGCCAACUGCCUGGACAUGCAGGACUUCGCCGAGGCCUUCAGCUGCUCGGGGCUGGCUAGCGCGGCACAGCGCUUCAUCCUGCGCCACGUGGGCGAGCUGGGCGCCGAGCAGCUGGAGAGGCUGCCGCUGGCCCGCCUGCUGCGCUACCUGCGCGACGACGGGCUGUGCGUGCCCAAGGAGGAGGCGGCCUACCAGCUGGCGCUGCGCUGGGUACGCGCGGACCCGCCGCGCCGCGCGGCGCACUGGCCGCAGCUGCUGGAGGCCGUGCGCCUGCCCUUCGUGCGCCGCUUCUACCUGCUGGCACACGUGGAGGCCGAGCCACUGGUGGCCCGCUGCCCGCCUUGCCUGCGCCUGCUGCGCGAGGCCCGCGACUUCCAGGCGGCACGCUACGACCGGCACGAUCGCGGGCCCUGCCCCCGCAUGCGUCCGCGUCCGUCCACCGGCCUAGCGGAGAUCCUGGUGCUGGUGGGGGGUUGCGACCAGGACUGCGACGAGUUGGUCACAGUCGACUGCUACAAUCCGCAGACGGGCCAGUGGCGCUACCUGGCCGAGUUCCCCGACCACUUAGGUGGGGGUUACAGUAUCGUGGCACUGGGCAACGACAUCUACGUAACGGGCGGGUCUGAUGGCUCCCGGCUCUAUGACUGCGUGUGGAGAUACAACUCGAGUGUGAACGAGUGGACGGAGGUAUCACCCAUGCUCAAGGCCAGAGAGUACCACAGCUCUUCUGUCCUGGACGGGCUCCUGUAUGUGGUGGCAGCCGACAGCACAGAGCGCUAUGACCAUGCCUCCGACUCCUGGGAGGCCCUGCAGCCCAUGACCUACCCCAUGGACAACUGCUCUACCACGGCCUGCCGAGGCCGGCUCUACGCCAUUGGCUCCCUGGCAGGCAAGGAGACCAUGGUGAUCCAGUGCUAUGACCCGGACGCUGACCUGUGGUCCCUGGUGGACUGUGGCCAGCUUCCACCCUGGUCCUUUGCGCCCAAGACUGUGACCCUGAAUGGACUCAUGUACUUCGUCAGAGAUGACUCCGCCGAGGUGGAUGUAUACAACCCUACAAAGAAUGAAUGGGACACGAUCCCGCCUAUGAAUCAGGUACAUGUCGGGGGCAGCCUGGCCGUCCUGGGAGGCAAGCUCUAUGUCUCUGGGGGAUAUGACAAUACAUUUGAACUCUCGGACGUGGUAGAGGCGUAUGACCCAGAGACCCGGGCGUGGAGUGUGGUGGGGCGGCUUCCAGAGCCCACCUUCUGGCACGGCAGCGUGAGCAUCUUCCGCCAGUUCAUGCCACAGACACCAGCGGGGGGCCGCGGCUUUGAGCUGAACAGUGGCAGCGAUGACAUGGAUGCAGGCCGCCUGAGGCUGCCACAGAACCCCGAUGGGCUGCACUAGCCCAGGCCUGGCCCAAGAGAGGGCCUUGGUGCAGGGGCCUGGCACCUGCAGAGGGAUGGCCUCUGCUUUUUGCACAGGAUGGGUCACCGAGCAGAGCAAGUGGUUCAUGGGUGCUGGGUGAGCCCCUAGAUGCGUCGUGUGGAAGGGUUCUGUGCCUAUGUCAGAGCUUCUAGGGACGAAGCAGGUGGUGACCUGUGUGGGCCAGAGCCAGCGGCUUCUCCGCCAUCAUGAGAAGUCACCUCCGGCUUGUAACAUCCAAGUCACCAUGCAGUGUGUCUUUUCCUUGCUGCCACCUCCUGGGCCUGCUUGAUCCCAGAGCAGAGGGCAAGGGUCCCUGGGACACUGGGGACCCCGGAAGACAAAGGCUACACUUCAAGGCUAAACCCCACACCUAGUACCAGGGCUCCCCGUAGCCAAUGCUAAAGCUCCAAGGGAUGUCAGGUCACCCAGCUUUGCACCUCUGCUGGGGUCCCCCCCCCCACACACACACACACAGUAUAGGCUUUCAGGUUUCCAGAACUGACUGAGCUGUGGCUUAAUAGUACACGCUCUCACUCGGCCAGGAGACUCUCUCCCUGACUUUCCUGGGAGCUCUGUCUCAAACCUGCAGAGGCCAGGCUGGGGGAGAUGGGCACCGUUCAUAAAGCUGGAUUGCUGUGCGUCCGGGAGUCUCACUGACAGACACUUGGCUAAGUGGACAGAUGCUGGGCCUGGGAAUAAAGACUCCUGCCUCUAAAGUGAAGCCUAGUGGAGUGGCGCCAGCACUUGGUUGUAGGUUUAAAAUGUUUGUGGUUUGAACUUGAAAAGAAAUAGAGUUGAGAGAAGAGACAAGUGGCUCUGGCUUGAAGAUGAGGUACAGGUCAUCGUUAGGAAUUUCCCACCAUUGUGUGGAAAGCUUAGGGUUCCGGAGCUCAAGCCCAGGUGUGGAGGACCAGGACAUCUGAGCCCAGGUGGCAGGGGAAGCUGCCUUAGUGUCCCAGGUGCCUGUGCGCUUCCUGUCUGUUGCCGCGCACGGCAGAUGCCAUCCUGUUGUUCUGAAGUGCUGUGCUGGGUACCUGACCCUGGGAAGGAGGACUGAGUGAGUAUGGGCCAGUGCUGCCCCGAGCCCGGGCCCACCGGUGUCUUAGGCUCCUGUGGGGCGUGUGGCUGCAGUUGGUUUUGUCCCCUGGUGCUGUCAGCCCAGCCCUCUAGUGCCUUUCCUUAGUGAGCCUUAAAGAGCUGCCAGCCAGAGGUGCUGGUACUCUGUGGGGUCUUUGACAUGGCAGGGCGGGUUUCGGGGACUCCGUGCUGCGGGAAGUGUGCUAUUCGGUCCACUUGUGGACAUGUCUCGGGCCGUCAGGUCCUCUUGGGGACCGGCUAGGAGGCUGCCCAGAGGAAGUGCUUUGUCCGUCGCUGCAGGCUCCCGUGACCUGCGGCGGUCACUGCAUUAAAAUGUGCGCUUGCACAGGGCGCCUCUGCCCACCCGUGCUUCGAGCUACUCAGGGUUUCACGUCACGACCCAUACUUGGGUUUAUACGACUAAGGAUAGUGCACAGUAGGGCACUCCCUGUGGACCCACUGGGAGUCCAGGACAGGCCCUGCCUCACCUUCGCCUUUGCCACGGGCUCUGGGUUUCAACCCCGCCACUUGACACGUCUCGACACUAGCGGAUUAAAACCGGGCUGCUUUGGGUAUGGGAUUGUUGUCCCUGUCACAUGUAAAAAACUUUUAUAUGUCAGGAUAAAAUUAAGUUAUGAAAAGUUCUGUGCCUGGUAUCUGAUGCUGAUCUAUAAGGGAUUGCUUGUAUUUAUGACAUCAGAGACUUAUAUAAUGAAGGUCGCCUUAGGUGACCAGCUCUGUCACACCAGUGGCUGGGGCAGACUUGUAUAUUUAUUUUUGUCUACUCUAUAGGCUUUUAUGUCCAACAUUCUAAGGUUUUAGGAUGCUCCCUACUUUUUGAAAUAAAAUGUUUCCUAUA